GCAGAGCUGUACUCUAUACCCGGUUUAUUCUUGUGUUGCGUUAUUACUCCGCGAUAUCUUGAUUUGCGAGUUGCAGUAUACGUUUGGAGCUUACGGGAGACACUGAUAAGAGACAAAGGAACGAAGCGGAAUUUAGCGUCUGUGUUGCGAAACAAAACGAAAACAGAUCCGCUAGAGAAAUCUCUCGAGAGCACAGUUUCAAGUUCUCGACCACCACGCUGAUUUUUUGCGGUGAAGAAACAGCAAGAAAACAGCGGUUGACCAAUUUUUAAGAAGUGCUUGUUGGAUAUAGCAAGUGAAAUAAUCAAACAUAAUGUCUGCGGUGCGAACAGCGUUUGUUUGGAUUGCCUUUGGCGUGGUGUGCGGUAUUCUCGCACUGAUAUCCAUCCUCUUUACGAGACUUUAUACCAAGAGAUACGAACGUGAUGCGUUUGUUACCAUCGUCUCCAUCUUCUCAAUGUCGGUAGUCUUGGCCACGGCCUGCUUGCUACCUGUCGACAUUGCGAUCGUGAGCCAGACGACGACCGACGUGGCGCAGCAACUCACGAGAUCUGAGACCGCCGUCAAAGUUGUUUACUAUCUGCUCUACUCCAUGGACGCGUUCCUUAUCCUGCUGCUGAUUCCGUUUACGUAUUUCUGGUUUGAGGAAUGGGACGAGGAGUCGACCACUGGCGGUCGCAUUCGUGGAGCGCUCAAGUUUUCAAUUAUCUUUAUUGUCAUUGCAAUCACGCUUUUGAUUCUUGGACUCUUUAUUCCUUAUGGACGCGGAGUUCGUGACAACGAGUACUACUUCAUCUACUUCCAGCAGUUGCUGAUGGAGAACCGUGGUGAACGCGCCUUGACGUUCAUCAUCGGAGUCCUUCUCUGCUUGGGCAUAAUCGUGUACGUCAUCUACACUGCCAUCGGCUUUGCAGUCCUUCCGAUCCUCUGCAUGAAGUACCGACCCAGCCUGUCCGUCGCCGAACUCGACGACACCCGAGUCGCCUUACAGCUCAACCGUGAGAAGCAGCGCAUGAUCGAGGCCCGCUACGAAGGCACGCGAAUCCAGUGGAGCACGCGCGACAAGCGUGCGUACGAGGUUCUGCAGCGCGAGGAGAAGACUUUGAUUCGCAAAGUGCGCGUCAACGCGGGUAACCCGAAAUGGUAUAAGCCGCGAUGGCUGGUUAGGAGCUUUAGAUUUGUUGCGCGGCCGGUUGUGAUGAUUAUCGGUUUCUUCCUGAUGAUUAUCGCGCUUUUAAUUGUUGCCUCGAUCUUGAUUUCCAUGGUGGAUCACAUCAAGAAUACCCCUUGCGGACGCCAUUGCGGAUUUUUGCUCCCGGCGACUAACAUCAUCAAUCCGAUCAAUGAGUUCCUUCGAAUCGCCUCUAGAGGAUUCCCGGCUGACUAUAUCGUCACUUUGUUCAUCAUCGUCUGGCUCUUCAUCUCAACUGUGAUCGGACUCUCGUACUUCAGCAUCCGACUGGUCUGGUUCGUGCUGUUCCGUAUCCAGCGCGGAAAGACUGAUCCCCAGGGCUUGCUUCUCGGCACUGCGAUGAUCAUGGUUGCCGUUCUGGCAAUCAACUACUCAUUCACGAUGGUGAUUGCGCCGGACUACGCCAGAUACGGCAGCCAGCAGUUUUGCAACUACGUGGUCGACGGUCUCUACGGAAUGGCGGGAAUGUGCGAAGACCACCCGGAGGAGCUUGUGUCCUGCGCCGAAGCAAGCCGGAUGCUCUUCACGACCGAGUUCCCGGCCUUUGACCCGGGAUAUAUUCUCGAGCCCGACGCGACCAGCCUCGUGACUGCGAACUACACCGUCUACUUCAACAGUGUGUGCCGCCAGACCCUAGUGUCGACGUUCAUCGAUCGGAUAAGCGUGAAUUUCCCAUGGUUCGGUCUGUGGAGUUUCUGGGGCCAAUUCGGCUUCGUCGGCAUCUUCUUGAUCGCCAUUGUCGUCGCAAUCAUCCGCAAGCCGUCAUGGGAUACCUACGACGCCGACGACGACGACGACCCGUUCGCGCCCGAGGAGGAGCAGGGUCUGCUCAGUCGCACGGCCGCGAAGUGGUCGAACCGCGUCAACACGACCUGGGACGAUCUGCGGACGCGGGCGCGGCUCGCGGAUCAGGCGGCGCAGGUGUAUCGCGCGGUUUCGUAAAUAUGGGGAUGUGAGAUGUGUGUGUGUGUGUGGCCGGACCGACGCGGGAAGAUGUGCUUGGCUUUUGAUCACUCGAGCGAUCAGUGAUCAGAGUGUGUGUGCUUUUUAUACAAUCAGUCACUCUUUUUUUCUUGUUGUUAUGCUGCUUUGAGUGUUUGGAUACAGACAUCCUUUGAUUCACCUUGCUUCUGUUUUUCUUUCAUUUUCACUUGUCUUUUUUUUUGGGCGCACACUUGGUUUUUCUUUUUAUUAUUUAUAUGGUUUAUCGCUGAUGACGGGUCGCUUUUUUCACAAACGAAAGGACGGGAGAAGAGAGGAAGUCACACCUUUGGGUUAUAUAUCACCAGAAAAGGCAGUGAGGAUUUUGUUGCAGGAUGGGAGUGUCUGUGAAUAUAUACCAAGUGAGGGAGGGAAUGUUUUUUUUCUUUAUCUAUCUAGUCAGGUUUUUAGAUUAGUUUCAACUCGAUUUUCGAU